CGGAACUUUACGACCGGCUUGAUAACACGAGCGCCGCUCGUUUCGCGAACUGCAGACUACAUCUGCCUUGCAUGGUAUUCCGUAUCACACAAGUCAGUCUGAGCUAUUGUACAUCGCAGGAGACUCAAUAUGAAGUCAAGGCAGACGGGCUUGACGACCUGGUGAUCACCACGAAAAGGCCGAUCGUCCAGUUCUUGCGGACAAGGUCCACUCAGCACACCUUCAUGCUCGUCCGUCCCUGGGAUCGGUCUCUCCUCGAGUCACCAGACUUUGCAGAUCUUCAAGACGAUACAGAGAGUGAAGGGGAUGAUUGGACGCCACCCUCGUCUCCGUCUGACGACUCACCUAGCCGUUCUGUUGUAAAUCAGGGGGUGGAUGAUCUAGAAUUGCGAGCAUUGCGGUUGGUUGUUCGCCUUGGGGAGCCUUUUGGGGCAUUUUUACUAGCGCGGCAGCGUGGUGGAGAAUACAAAAGGGUCGCGUCAGAUCGUGAUAUCGUUGCGCAGGUCAAAGAUGUGGCUUCGGUCCGAGACCUGAUGCAUGUCAGGACGAUUGAAAUACUUACACCUACCUGCAUGGGUGCUCGGGUUCAACUUAUGCCGUUACCUCUCAAUGUACCACCACCCUUCGUCCUCUAGAAUUCUUGGUGGCGACAAGUUGAUGUGUGAUCCGCAAAUGGGGGCCAGGCAGGCUAUGCAUUCAAGUACAAUCAUUAGUAGCACGUCUCGAAAGCCUGGAAAAAUGCACUAAAGCACCUCCACGAUCUCAUUGACAGAAGAACAGUCAAACGAAAAGAAAUAACAUCCCAUGAAAGAAAGACUCACAAUGCUUGCAAAACUCAAAACAUGCCUUGACGGAAGCUUGACCUUCAACGACUCAACUGUGAU